AUGAAGACCUCGAAGCGUUCCAAGCCAUGCGGGAACUGCCGGCAGCGAAAACGCCGGUGCAUGGUGGAGCCGGGGCAGACGGUAUGUGUGCUGUGUCAACUGUACGGGAUUGACGGCUGCUCCUUCGAGGGGAAAUUACCAGAGAGGCCCCUCAAGCGUGCAAAGGCAUCGGGAGAGGGUUCCUCAUCCAGAGUUGCUCGAACGGAUGAUCCUCCGAUCCGAACCGUCGACGUGAUCGAGGAUUAUGAUGCCUUGCAGGGUCCAUCCCUGCUGAAGAAAAACCUGGGGCUGCAGCAGUUUCAGUUCUCCAGGUAUAACGGCCCCUCCAGCUCCUGGGCGCCUUUCUUGCUCGACUACUGCGAGUUCAAUGACCGGGAUGAACACCCGUUGCCGUCCCGCAGCAGUAUCCGACGGGUUUCGGCAGACACCAGCUUCUUGCUCAAGAAGUACUCGGGCACCCAGAUGCGUGCGGACGAGAUUGAUCUCCUGGAUCAGAUUGAACGCGUGGUAGCGCCGCAUGGGCCCAAUCUUGUCAGUCUGUAUUUUCGCAUCGUGCAUCCGUCGUUUCCGAUGCUGGACAAGAAGGUCUUCCUGGAGAAAUACGAACGCACACACCGCGAGUUUUCACCGUCCUGUCUCGGGGGGGUCUAUCUCCUAGCCUUGGACUGGUGGAACUACGACCCGGUUCUGUCGGCGCAAGAGAGGCCAGAUGCCAACAUACUCGAGGCGUAUGUCCGUCGAGGGCUGAACGACGUCAUGCCUCGUCCCAAGCUGUCCACUCUUCAAGGUGGAUUGCUACUGCUGCAGCAUCGUCCCUUCGGAGACGAUGCGUGGGCGCUGAGUGCGCAGCUUGUGGCAACAAUGCAGGAGCUCGGUGUUCAUCUGGACUGUGAUGGCUGGAGACUUCCGGCCUGGGAGAAGAGCCUGCGGAAACGGCUGGCGUGGAGUAUAUACAUCCUCGACAAGUGGAUGGCCUUGAUUCAUGGUCGGCCAUCGCACAUCGUCGACGAACUGGACUGGGUCGUCGAGCCGCUCGUCGAGGAGGACUUCCCAGAAACACCAGCCGACGAGGAUCAAGAGGAAGGAAGUGGUGAAAUCGCGGCUGGUCGGUUGACCUUUCAGAACUUUGCCUCGUUGAGUCAGAUCGUCGAUGAGAUUCUCCGGGCAUUCUAUUCUGCGAGAGCGACCAAGACCACCCGCUCGUACAAGACUUUACUACAGGUCGCCAAGCCGAUUCAAAUCCGACUGCGAGAAUGGCGUCGUCAACUCCCCGAUUCCCUGCAGCCCGAGUCCACGAAGGCAAGGAAGCAGUCGGCCGCCGGAUCGCUGCACCUCGCCUACUAUGCGGUCGAGAUAUCUCUGCAUCGGGCUAUUAUCCACGGCCUGAAAGGAUCAACGUGCGACCCGUCCAUCAUCAGCGUCUGUCGAGAAGCGGCUCGAGAGCGAGCCAUCAUGUCCAUUGACUUCGUCCGGAGCCUGCGGCCAGAGCACAUUCAGGCCUUCUGGCUCUUCCCAUCCGGGAUGAAUUUUGUGUACAUCGGCAUAUUUACAGCGCUAUUAUACCUCACCUCGCGGACCGUCGAGGAAGCCCGGUUCUACCACUCCUAUCUCAGUGACUAUCGAUGGACCCUACGCGUCAUGAGCCGCACUGCCAGUUUCCUAGAAUUCGCCGUCCAACGCCUGGACAUGUCGCUCCUUCACCUCGAUCCUCUAUCUCCGCAGGAUAUCGUCCAGAAUAUGCAUAUGCAGAAUCCACAGAGCGGCAACAGCAAUGACGGAGCCAUCCACGGAGAACGCGGAGACCAAACGAAGGACAUGCCCCCAGGCUACCCUUCCCUCCCCGGAACCGACGCCUCAACGGUGGCAUCGGAUCCCCAGCGACAACAAGGACACGUCCCACUGCCGGCCCCGACUGCUAUUUUCGACCAACAGCGCUUCCUGGCCAUCCUCGAUGCCGCCGAAAUGGACGCGCUCCUGCCGGACCAGAUCUCGCCGGAAGCCAUCGCGCUGGGCGACAGUCUGGAUUUCUACGGGAGGAAUUGGAACAACCCUGGUGAAACGGAGAUGUUCAGUGCAUUGGACUUGUCGCCUUCCUGA